AAGGAGAGGAGAGCUGAGCUGAGCCAUUAAGGGAGAUGCUGGGUCACUGAGGAUGGGGAACCCUGAGCUCUGGACCGCACCGCUGGGAGAACGCAGCAGUGCAGCUGAUUCUCCCGAAUGCAAUGCGCACAUAUACCUCAGCUAGCCUCAAAAUCUUGCGUCGCUCUCAGCAUCUUGGAGUCACAAGACAGGUGAUCCCGGGCUGCGAGUACCUCAGAACUCUGGUCCCCCAUGCACCACGGCGAUUCUCCUGCUGAACUCUGAACCUUUGGGAUCUAGGAAACCGAUUUUUAGUCGGUACCCUCUAGGUCGCUUUAGGAGCUGUCCAGUGCUGAUCACGGAUGCAGCCGGGCCCCCCGGGGUGCUUGGACCAGAGCCUGCCGCGCCCGGCAGAGCUCCGGGCCCGAGCUGCUGGGAGCGCUGACGCAGAGCCCUGGGAGAGCUGGGAGCUGUUGGCUCUGAGCUAGCUGGACAUGGAUCUGCAGAGACCCGACUCCUACCAGGACGGAGCUGGCCCUCACUUCAGCGAGCAUGUCCUACACAAGACCAUCCUGGUCGGUGACAGUGGCGUUGGGAAGACAUCUCUACUGGUUCAGUUCGACCAGGGAAAGUUCAUCCCUGGCUCCUUCUCAGCCACCGUGGGCAUCGGGUUCACAAACAAGGUGGUGACAGUGGAUGGCGCCAGGGUGAAGCUUCAGAUCUGGGACACGGCAGGACAGGAACGCUUCCGCAGUGUGACCCACGCGUAUUACCGAGAUGCUCAGGCCUUGCUCCUGUUGUAUGACAUCACCAACAAAUCUUCUUUUGACAACAUCAGGGCCUGGCUCACCGAGAUUCACGAGUAUGCCCAGAGAGAUGUGGUGAUCAUGCUGCUAGGCAACAAGGCGGAUGUAAGCAGCGAAAGGGUGAUCCGUUCUGAGGAUGGAGAGACACUAGCCAGGGAGUAUGGUGUUCCCUUCAUGGAGACCAGUGCCAAGACUGGCAUGAAUGUGGAGCUGGCCUUUUUGGCCAUUGCCAAGGAACUGAAAUAUCGGGCGGGCAGGCAGCCUGAUGAGCCCAGCUUCCAGAUCCGAGACUACGUGGAGUCUCAGAAGAAGCGCCCCAGCUGCUGCUCCUUUGUGUGACUCUAACAGCAGACUCUAAGGGACUAAGAGGAGGCCCAGAGACCCUUGGGAAUGCAGUUAUAACUGCCAAGCCAACUAGGAGAGAGCUUGGGGUUCAGUGGGCAGCCCUGGCCAGGGAGGUAGCUGCCACCCUCGUUUCUCUAGCUUCCCUGUGUCAUGGGAAGGUUAAAAUACUCGUAUUUUAUUUUAAUAUAUAUAAACUAAUACCAAAAAGGGCACCAGUGUGCCACCCUACCCCCCAAAAGACAAAAUAGGUAGAGACUUGGUGGUCCUUCUGCCUUUUUGGACUGGGUUCUAAAAGACUGGACCCCCCUCCUAGCAUGGGUGUUACUACACCAGCAUGGGACCAGAGGACACCGAAGUACUGCUAAGGUGUAGGAACUGGUUGUGACCCUGUUACCAUCCUCACUAGGGAGGCUAGGGAGACUUCUCUUCCUCCAGCUCCCCAGGGGACAGCCUUUCCCAAUAGGAAAGGCCUUAGUGCUGGGAGCUAGCCCAAUGCCUUAGAAAAGACAAAAGUGGAGAUGGGGGGAGGGGCUGUAAGAAGAAUAGCAGUUAUGUGGCUGGCCUCUGCUCAGCUACCUCUGGCCCUCCUCACCCUCCUUCUGGAAGCAUGCCCCUUUUUCUCUAGCACACAAGCACAGUGGGGUACCUGAAAACAUCACAUUCUAUCCUCUGGACCUUACAUCCCAGGGGACACCCCACCAUCCCAUGGGAAUCUCUCUCAUCAGCUUUCUGCCUGGGUUCCUAGAUGUCAGAGGUCAGAGCCAGGAAAAAGCUUUCCUUCCUUCCCAGUCCUGUGACAAGGUGGACAGCACCACAGCUAUUUAAGGCAGAGGUAAGAGCCAGAUAAAGAAUUCGCUGGCUCCUAGAAUGGGUGGGAGGCAGAACUGAACAACCCCACCGUCCAAUUUUUCUCAUUAAGUCCCAGCUCUCUGUCUCCUCCCUGCUCUUUCCUUUAACUUCAGACCAAUACUAGGGCCAAAACUGUUUUAUCUCCACUUCUACUAAAUCAGGCUAAAGGGUGGGAAGCUGUCCACUUCCGGGUGAACCAAUGUACUAUGUGUGUGUGUGGGGGGGGAGUUUGGUCAAGCUUUUGGUAUGGAGAAGGGCAGUAAGGAGGUCCUAUAGGCCUGAGGCCAUAUGUCUCCCAAAGGCCUGACCCUACCCUUAGGAAGUGGGAGGUGUGCAGAUCCAUGACCCACAGGCACCUUUACUGCAGCUCUGUAGGCUGGGCAGUGACUGGGACUCCUAUAAAGUGUACAUUGCACAUUUCUGAGGUUACUGCAUUUACUUUCAAGGCAGAAAUCUUGCCCUUCUAGCAGAGUCAGCACUCUAAACUUGGGUUGAUAAGGAAGCCCUCUGGGACCUCUCAUGGGCAGAUCAAGGAGGAGCCUGGGCUUGCCUUGUCUCUUCUGGGACUCUUAGCAGGUUACAGGAACUCCAGUCCCCAUAGCUCUGGGUCUCCGGCAUUUGUGUUUUUCAGAAUUAAAUUGCAGUAUUUUGGAAAGUAUACCCUAAUGUUUUUCCUGUUUGUUCCCAGAGGAAAGAGGGAUCAUGUUGGGAGAGGUUGUUGCUUGGUAUGUUGUGGGAAAUUGUUACCCAGUGCCCAAAUCAUUCUAGCCUCAUUCUUCAGGGUCCUCAGAGGCUCACCUCACCCUUAACUGACUGCCCUCCCCCAGACCAGAGCCUCUGCAGGCCAGAGGGAACUGGACCGCUUAUCUCACAGUCCAAGUCAUUUUCUUUCUCUGUUGAAAAAAGCCAGGCCUCCAUUCCCACUAGAGUGACUCCUGAGAUUGACUACCUAGCUGUCUCUCGCCCCGCCCUCUCUCCCUAGCCAAAGGCUGCUGCCAAAACCAAGCCUUUUAUUCAUUAUUUAUUGAUCUACCCUCAGGCCGGCCUGUCUUCCAGGUGGGCUGUACGAAUCCUUGGUCUAUCUGCCCCGCCCUAUGCGUUCCUCGAAGGGGUCAGAGCCCAAACCUUCUCUGUACGCCUAGUCCUGGGAUAGCGGCGUGACUCCACAAGUAGAAACUUUGUUACUUAAAC